AUGGACUUUGCUCAGGCGUAUGACAAUGUGUGCUGGGAGUUUUUGAGAUACAUGCUUAACAGGUUGGGAUUUGGCAAGAAAUGGAUGAGUUGGAUGGAGGGUGGAGUCUUCAACAACAACAUGUAUAUACUGAUCAAUGGCAGUCCAAUAGUGGAUUUUGUGGUUUCAAGAGGAUUAAGGAAGGGAGACCCUUUGUCCCCUUUCUUAUUUGUCAUUGUUGCUGAAGGUUUGGCUGGCAUAAUGAAGAAGGCAGUGGAAAAUAAUUUUUUCAGAGGAUUCAAACUUGUUGCAGAAUCAGUUGGAACUUCCUAUAGUCUUAUGCAAUUUGCAGAUGACACAAUUAUUAUCGGUGAUGGAUCUUGGAGCAACUUAUGGGCUAUAAAGUCAAUACUUAGAGGAUUUGAGAUGGCGUAUGGUCUUAGGAUUAACAUGAACAAAAGUAAACUAUAUGGUAUUGGCUUGUCUCCUCACUUCAUGUUAGCAGCACCAUAA